UUCUGAUUAGUCGAAUUAGGACGUACCGCACGUGUCUGCGCAAGCUUUUGAUUUUCAUUAAACCAGCGAACAAAGGAAUAAUUCCUGUUUUACAAGACUUAUCUCGCAUUUAAAACUAAAAGAAAAUAAAUUAAAAUGGCACAAGUUAUUAAAAGAAUCUUACCCACUUUGGACCGCAUUCUGAUUCAACGUGCUGAGGCCAUCACUACCACAAAGGGUGGUAUUGUGCUUCCAGAAACAUCGGUGGGCAAAGUCCUCCAAGGUACUGUCGUUGCUGUUGGACCCGGUGCCAGAAAUCCUCAAAAUGGUAACUACAUCCCAGUGGGCGUGAAAGAAGGUGACCGUGUGCUGUUACCUGAAUUCGGUGGCACUAAAGUGGAGCUGGAGGAUAAGAAAGAGUACAUUCUUUUCCGCGAAUCGGACAUUCUUGCCAAAUUGGAAUAGAAUUCUCGAAUUAUUAACUAUAAACGCUUGGUCGUUUUCAUAAUGUGAAUAGUGUAUGACCUUUUGUUUGAGAUAAGAGGUUCAAAAUUUUGUUUCUUAGUUUGUAAAUUCCAUUUACUAUGAUGUAGACUAGUUUACAAAAUGUUUGCACAUUAUUGGUGCGUUCAUGUAAACGUGUUGUGUGGUUUGAAAAGAAAAUAAAACGGUUUUACGCUUUGUUUCUGGAAA